AUAGGCCAUACACAUUUGGAAAAGUUACUAUUUUACUAUCCAGUUUAAAGUCACAAGUAUGUGGAGCUCGAUAAACUGGAUUCUGCCGGGUCUCCUGAUUCUCUUUGCUCCUAUUGACUGCUGGAAAUUGCCACCGAACGCAUGCACCGCCAAUGGAACUCGAGCAGAAUGUCCUACAUCAUGUCCUGACUCCUGCGAGUUCUACAGCUUAGGACCGUGCUUUCCACUGUGUGGAGCUCCAUGUGUAUGUAAGCCAGGAUAUGUGAUUAAUACAAAGAUUCCAGCCUGUGUUCUGCUCUCCGAUUGCCCGAAAGAUGUAGUUAAAAAGACAACUAGGGUUCAACAUAUCGAUCACUUCAAAUGUUUUGGUCACAAUUUUGACUGUUUGCUACCGCCGUAAAUGGUACACUUUGGAUUAAAAUUUUUUCGGUACCGAUUAGAAGUAGAGCU